AUGGCUCAUUUAUCCCAAGAACACGUCAAAUAUCUAUACGACAAAUUUGGGGAAUUAAAAGUCCUCGACGACAUCAUCCGCCACCGGGCUGCCGAUGAUCCUCCCGCGCCAAUUCUCGCCUAUCCACGCCCCGGAACAGUAGCGGACUAUGAGUACUUCACAGGGCGUGAUCUAGAUCGGUUGAUUGAUGGAGCGGCCAGACGAUAUCUGUCUUUGGGAUUGAACACGACUGAGCACAAAGUCGUGGGCCUCCUCGCCCCGUCCAAUGUCGACUUUAUCGUCUCCUUCUUCGCACUCAGUCGUCUCGGCCACACAGUCUUGGCCCUAUCACUGCGAAUCGCCUCUGUUGCAGUCAUCAACCUCCUAAAGCAGACUGACUGCAGCACAGUGGUGCAUGGAGAUACGGCGCAGAUCCUGUCGACGGUGGAGAACGUCAAUGCCGACUUCCCCAUCAGGACUUAUGCUAUCCCCUCGCGCAAUGAAUAUGACCAGCCUUUGGGCAUCGAGAAGCGGUUCACCCGGGCCAUCGAUCGAGAUGAAGAGAAUACCGCGACGGCGUUGAUCAUGCACUCCUCGGGAUCGACAGGACUCCCUAAGGCUGUGACGCUCACGCACCGGGCCCUUCUCACCCAUCCCACACAGGGAUCGGGACUGCACAAUUUCAACGCUCUGCCGUGGUACCAUCUAUACGGCGUCUCGACAUCGCUGCAGGCGAUGUGGAUGCGCAGGACAGCGCAUCUGUACAAUGCCGCCAUGCCGAUCACGUCAGAUGCGUUGAUCGAGAUUCUGGAGACCGUAAAACCAGAAGCCGUUCAUACCGUGCCAUACGUGCUGGGUCUGAUGGCAGAGAAGCCCCGGGGAGUUGAGCUGCUGCGGCGAUGUCAAGUCGUGACGGGGGCAGGAGCCCGUACUCCUGACGAACUGGGCGAUCGGCUGGUCCAAGAGGGAGUAAACCUAGGGAUUGUGUUUGGGACAACGGAAGCCGGUCUCGCAGGCGAUACGAUGCGACGAACCAAAGGCGACGACUCGUGGAACUACAUCCGCAUCUACGCCAACAUCCGGAAAUACGUCUAUAUGAAUCCCCUUGGCGACGGAUUAUAUGAAUGCGUGUAUCUCAAAGGUCAUUCGGCGCUGUCAACAUUCAACUCAGACGACCCCGCUCCAGGAUCCUGGCACUCCAAGGACGUUUUCAUGCCUCAUCCGACCAUUCCAGAGGCGUGGAAGUACGUCACCCGCAUCGAUGAUCGAAUAACCCUCAUCAAUGGAGAAAAGGUGCUUCCGCUCCCCAUAGAGGGUCGGAUUCGCGAAGAAGAUAUUGUUCGCGAGGCCGUCGUCGUCGGCGUCGACCGUGCCAUCCCCGGUCUCUUGGUCUUCCGAGCACCUUCCGGAGAUCAUCUUUCGGAGGAAGACUAUUUCGAUGCUAUUUGGCCUGCGAUUGCUGAUGCAAACUCCAGGGCUGAGGGCUUCUCCCAGAUUACCAGGGAAAUGGUGACUCUGAUACCUUCAGACGUGGCGUAUCCGCAGACCGACAAGAGAAGCAUUAUACGCGCACAAGUCUAUCGUCAAUUCGCAGAGCAGAUCGAGAACAUGUAUGUUCGGCUAGACGAGAGUCACGAAGGACUGCUCCAGCUGGAUCUGCCUGGAUUAGAGGAAUGUCUUCAGUCCAUUUUUCAAGAUAUUGUUGGGAUGCCAAUAGAGACUAUAGAAACGGACUUCUUCACUGCCGGGGUCGACAGUCUCAAAGCGAUCCAGAUGCGCCGGAUUAUUCAGAAGACUGUCGCAUUGAAUGGACACACUUUGCCGCAGAAUGUUGUGUACAAUAAAGGAAACGUCAAGAGGCUCGCUGCAUAUCUGUAUGCCCUGAUCAAUCACACCGAGACUGUGGCAGAGGACGAGGAGACUAGCAUGAUAGAGUUGAUCGAGCGAUACUCGCACUUCCAAGAGCACAAGUACUUGAAUGGGGUCCCUAAUGGUCAUGGGCCUCGGGAUGACCGGAAUUCUGUGAUCCUCACCGGUGCCACCGGAUCCAUUGGCGCGCAUCUACUGCACCAACUCCUAUCAUUGGAUACCAUCGGCACAAUCUACUGCUUCUGUCGCGGCAAGAAUCCUAUCCUGCGUGUACUCCGGUCCCUCGAAUCUCGAGGCCUCGCCCUCCCACGCAACACAUCACCGACUCGGAUUAUCACCUUAACCACCGAGCUCGACCAGCCGGACUUUGGCCUCGACGCAACCACCCUGCACCAGCUGCGCCAGUCCGUCUCGAUGAUCAUCCACAGCGCGUGGCCGGUCAACUUCAACAUCCCGCUGCACAGCUUCGAGCCGCAUAUCGCGGGCCUGCAUCACUUGCUGCAGUUCUCGCUCUCUGUGCACCGACCAGAUCCGGCGCAGGUUUUCUUCUGUUCAUCCAUCUCGGCUGCGUGGAACGCUUCAUCCACAUCGCAGACGAUUCCAGAGGCACCCAUUGAGCAGCUAGGCUUCGCAGCAGGAAUGGGCUACGCACAGUCGAAGCUUGUCGGGGAACAUAUCGUGCGGAACGCGGCACGACGCGGGGCUAGAAGCUACGUGCUGCGCAUCGGACAGGUUGUCGGGGAUACAGUCCAAGGCGUUUGGAACGAGGGCGAAAGUAUCCCGUUGAUGAUCCGGUCUGCGAAGACGAUGAAGAUUUUGCCAGAUCUAAAGGAGAAAUGCAGCUGGCUCCCCGUCGACGCCCUCGGAACGGCCAUCCUCGAGAUCGCACAUACCUGUGCUCAGGGCCCGGUCCCGGGUAAAUUCAACAAGAUCGACCCUCCGGUUUUCUAUAACCUUGUGAAUCCGCACGAAUUUGCGUGGCUGGAUCUGCUGUCACGGCUGCGUACUGCGGGGCUGGAAUUCACGACCGUUCCGUUUGCGCAGUGGCUAGACGGCCUGCGAGAUAGCGCGGCGAGGGGUGAGGAGGAGCAGAAUCCGGCUGUCAAGCUAGUCGAGUAUUAUGAGCAGACGUAUACACAGGGAGGAAAGGGUAGAGGAGCGAGAUUUGAAGUCGACGUGGCGCGAAGGGAUAGCGCGACGAUGAGAAAGACGGUUGACGUUGUGGGCAUGGGGUUGGUGGAGAGAUUUCUAGGGGUGUGGGAGAGGGAGUAG